CAAACCGCUGAUCAGAAUUAUUAGGCACUUUAUAAGUAACAAGGCGAACGAUUGGCUAGAGCUCUGGAAAAGCUACGCAUCAAGUUUCUAUGACCAUGAGCUGCUUUCGCGCCAAUGCACAGGUUUCCGAAAGGCUAGGUGUUUGUGGAAUUGUGAACUGCUGCCGACGACAAUAGGUUCGAAAACUGAAUGAAUCGAAGCUCGAUUCGUUCCGCGCAAGUAAUACUACUCACUUUGACGUAUAGUCAGCUGCCUUUAACAUUCACAGGCAAUAUUUUUAAUUCCAAGAUUGAAUUGCACUCAAUUUCAGCCCUAAAAAUGAACCACGCGGUUCGUAAGGACGUGCUGGAACAGUAUGUCACAAGCGGAAAUGACGCUGUAGAAUUUCGUCUUGUACAUACGGCAGCUGAUCUCAAUAAGGAAGAAGGCACCUUCAACCCGGAAAUGUGCCACCAGUUCUUCGGUGAAGGAGAAGCAAUAUUUGGCUAUAAGGAUCUUAUUAUUCAACUGUACUUUGCUGCUGGUAGUCUAGAAAUCUUUCUUGGACAGAAGUUUUCCGAAAAGAUAUCUCCUGACAAGGCUGAAGACGUAGAAGCUGACGACGUUCUUGGUGUGAUUAGUGAGAAACUGCCCGAAAAUGAUUUUUACACAAAUCUCGAUGUAUUCACCAGCAAGCUGCAGGACGAGCGAAAGUUCAAACCAAUGGGUGAACUCCAGCACCAGUGGAAGCCGGAAAGCAGUGAGGUCACGUACGAAGUUUACCACAAUAUGGUUGCUGACCCGAAAUACCGAAAGUAUCAUAUGCGAAUGGAAUCUUUUGUCAUGUGGUUCGUUGACGGCGCUCAGUACAUCGACACAGAGGAUGAAAAUUGGAAUUCAUUUGUAUUAUACGAGAAACGCCGUGAGGGGGAAAAUACGUGGUACACCUUCUGUGGUUAUUGCACAGUGUACAAGUAUUGGGCGUAUCCCGAUAAGCAGCGCCCUCGGGUCUCACAAAUCCUAAUACUGCCACCUUUCCAAAGGCAAGGUUUGGGUGCCCAGCUCCUUCAAAUGGUCUACAACUACUAUGUAGGCCGGGCUGAUGUCGUUGACAUUACUUUCGAAGAUCCUUCCGAAGAGUUGACAAGGGUUCGGGAUUAUAUCGACGCUAAAAACUGUCAGAGACUUGCUCCAUUUCACGCUGCCAGGCUAGCAAAAGGUUUCAGUGAGGAAAUGCGUGUAGAGGCUCGUGAAAAACUGAAAAUUGGUAAGCGUCAAGCACGACGCGUUUACGAGAUUCUCCGCCUAAAGAACACCCAGCAGAAAAAUGCAGCCGAAUACAAGAAGUACCGGUUGGAUAUUAAGAAUCGUCUAAACGCAACGGCUCGUCAAGAACAGAUCAAUCUUGAAAAGGCAAAGAAAGCGUUCAAGAAAGAGGGCGCCUCGUACGCCGAAUUACACGCGUCUCUCGAUAAUCGAAUAGAAAAGCUCGAUGCUGAAUACAAAGAGCUCGAGGGCGAAUACCUCAAAGUUAUUGAGAGAUUAAACAGAGACUAGAAAUACUACUGCAAUUUCAGGCGUUCUCUCGGUGUGCGCUAUAAAGACUAGACUUACCGACCACAUUCUAACAACAAUAAGGACCUCUAUUAGUCAACGCUAAGAACUUAAUCAGAGUGUCUUUUUUUAAGACAGCUUAAAGAACUCAAUGAUGAUAGCUUAUAUUGUACAUACAAACAAUAGAUAUAAAUGCUUCAUGUUUGACUUUUACUGAAUAAAUAUAUCGUAAAAAUGCAAUUGCUUUUGCACUGUCUGUUUUUCUCGAAAAAGC